AUGAGAGUAAGGGGGAUUGUUGAGAAGGGUAGACGCAGCACUCACGCGUGCUACAAGGAAUGGCUCAAUGUGCUACAGUACCGCACGAACCACAAGAAACCAGGGCGGCGGAAGAGGAGGGCGAGUGAGACGUCCAAAGACAGCGAUAGUGAGGGAGGCGAUGGCGAUCGGGGGCUAUCCAGCAAGCACCUCAACAAGCUCAAGCCGCUGCUCAUGUCCAACUGUUCCGACACGCCUCUGCACAUGAGUGGGGUGAGCAUCGACACCAACACCAACUUGCACACCACGCUCGGCACUCCGCACGACACGGUGGAUGAGAGUAUUGGCGAAAAGGUCGAGAAGAUGGCUCUGCGCGCGAAAACCAGAGCGUCUCUACCGCCUCCCAACAAGCUGCACUUGCAGAACACACAUGCUUACGACUUGGCGAAACUGUCAGAGCUGCGCGAUAGUGACGAGAAUUACGAGAAAGUUCACCGCGUAGCUCGCAAAGAGUGUAAUAGACACUGCGCGGAUUGUCGAACACCAACACCGCUCUGGGCAGUGUAUGCACUGCAUGGCCAACCUAUCGUACUGUUCAUCUGCAUACAGUGCUCAGGUUGGCACAGGUCGCUUGGUAGUCAUAUAUCCAAAGUUAAGAGCGUCGAGUUGGAUGAGUGGUCUGCUGAGCUUAUCGAUCUUGCGGAACGCACUGGGAAUGUCGUGGGCAAUAAGCUUUACGAAGCAACACUCCCAACCGCCCAAAUACCCUCCCCUUCUUCCUCCACUUCAAUAGAUGUGGGCGAGUUUAUUAGGAAUAAAUACCUCGAUCGGUUGUGGGUGAGUGGGCGCGAGGAGGAUAGAUAG